UCAGUAGAUGCUGGAAGGCACACCAUACAAGAGAUGGAUUUCUUCUCUGAUAAGCGUCAUCUGAGGAUAGAUGUCUCCGGAUCCAGUAAUAGUCGGUCUUCCCAUGACAAUAAAGGCAACAAAGAAGGAUCCACAACUAAUACUCGGGUCGUGAACACUGGAUUGAAUCUUCUCACUCUCAAUUCUGAUAUAGAAGAACCAUCAUCAAUAAAUAUGGAAACCAAGUCUUCAUCCAAAAUGAACAUUCUUCAAGUGGAAUUGGAACGACUCAAGGACGAGAAUGGGAAACUAAGAAUCAUGCUGGAUCAAAUAUCCAAAAAUUAUACUACCCUUCAUACUCAAUUACUUCUAGCAAUGCACAAACAGGAGAAUCAUCGACUUGAACAGAAGGAGGAACGAAAUGGUGGAGCUAGUACAUCGACAACAACAUUAUCAGCCCAACAGUUGAUGGAACCUGGUCCUUCUGGUGCACUAGACAUUGAUCACGACGAGCCUUCUGAUCAGUCAAACAACAAUAUUGAAAACUGUGAUGAGACAACCCAAGAGCAGUCAGUUUCAUUGACUAACAACAUUGAUCCUUCAGUGGUCAUAUCCAAUCAGGACCACCACCAAGAUCAUCAUCAUCAUCAUGAAAUGGAUCUCAUUUCUAAGAAGCGAUCUUUUGUUGAAAUGGCUGAACCGGAUCAUGCAUCAACCACUACUACUAGUUCAUCAGGUGGACUCCCUAAGAGCCCUAAAUUGGCACCGGUGAAUAAGGGAGUAGUAGUGGAUCAUCAAGUCCCUGCAGAUCAGUCCCCUUGUCGAAAGGCAAGAGUUUCUGUACGGGCACGCUCUGAUGCCCCCUUGAUAAGCGAUGGAUGUCAAUGGCGAAAAUAUGGUCAAAAGAUGGCAAAGGGUAACCCCUGUCCUCGUGCUUACUACCGUUGUACCAUGGCCAUUGCAUGCCCAGUUCGUAAGCAGGUGCAAAGAUGUGCAGAGGACAAGAGCAUUCUGAUAACAACAUAUGAAGGAAACCAUAACCAUCCACUUCCACCGGCAGCCACAGCGAUGGCCAACACCACAUCCGCAGCAGCAACGAUGCUCCUCUCUGGCUCCUCCACUAGCAAGGAAUCAUCAUCAUCAUCAUCUCUCACAAAUAUUGCUUCAGGUUUCUACUCACCUUUGCCUUAUCCAACCACCAUGGCAACCCUGUCUGCCUCUGCACCUUUCCCCACCAUUACCCUAGACUUAACCCAUCCCCCAAUUAAUAAUCACAAUUUCUCACACCAUGGCCACCCAUUCCAACGACCACCAUCACCUUUCCCUCUACCUCUGCAUGGGCAUGGGCAUGGGUUCCCCCAACUCCUAGCAGGUCAACCCACUUUCAUGUCUCCUAAGUUGCCUGUGAAUAUAAUGCAACCACCAUCGUCUUUGCAAUUGGGGGGGCAGCAGCGAAACCCUUCCAUGGUGGAGACAGUCACCGCAGCUAUAGCCACCGACCCUAAUUUCACAGCAGCGCUAGCCGCAGCAAUCUCGUCGAUCAUUGGUGCACCUCGGAGCAAUGACGGUAGUAAGAACAACAACAUGGGUGGCGGUAGCGGUAGUAACAAUAGUAGCUCACCCCAACUUCCUCGGUCUUGCACCACUUUCUCUACCACAUAA